UCAGUGGGCAAAAGAGGAGAAAAGUGAGGUUAAGAAGGCACGAAGUUUGGGUUUUCCAUGUGGAUUUGACGGAUUGAGGAAAAGUUGUGAAAAUCAUGGGUAAAAAUACCCAAUUGCUGAUAAAUUUGCCACAAUUGCAAAAUUUGAUAAAGAAGGAUCCUGCCUCAUACAGAGAUGACUUUGUUCAGCAGUAUUCUCACUUUGAAAGUACCCUGGAUAUUUUCAAGUUCUCUCCGGAUCAGGGGAGCAAGAAUUUGGAGGAUUCUGUGAUGUUUGUGGCACAGGUGGCACAGCUGUAUCCGGACGUCUGCAAGAACUUCCCGCAGCAAUUGAUUGAUGUGCUGCAGACUUUCUCCAUCAAUCUCGAUCCUACGGUCAGAAAUGCCCUUUGCAAGGCUCUGAUUCUGCUGAGGAAUAAAAAUUUGAUUCCUGCACUGCAGCUUCUUGAGCUGUUCUUCCAGCUGCUGAGGUGUCCGGACAAGAAUUUCAGGGAAUUUGUCCGGAAUCACAUUGUAACGGAUAUUAAGAAUAUCAAUGCAAAGGGGAAGGAUAUGAAGGUCAAUUCGACUCUGCAGAACUUUAUGUACACCAUGCUCAAUGAUACCAAUCCGAAAUGUGCUAAGAUGUCUGCGGAUAUCAUGAUUGAGCUGUACAGGAAGAAUAUCUGGAAUGAUGCAAAAACUGUCAAUGUCAUUGGUUCUGUGGGGUGUUUCUCCAAGGUGACAAAGGUACUGGUGGUGUCCCUGAGGUUUUUCCUUGGGACGGAUGAGAAGGAGGCUGAGAGUGGGGAGGAGAGUGAACCAGAACCGGAUCUCCGGAAUGCUUUGAUGGUGAAUAGGGUUAAUAAGAAGACGAAAAAGAGGAAGAAGCAACUGGAAGCUGCGAAGAAACAGUAUGCCAAGGCCAAGAGGAAGAAAACAGCAGCUCCGACGUUUAACUUUUCAGCUCUGCAUCUCAUUCACAAUCCUCAGGGAAUGGCAGAGAAUCUGUUCAAGCAGCUGCAGGCUUCAAAUGAGAGAUUUGAGCUGAAACUUUUGCAUUUGGAUGUAAUUUCGCGAUUGGUUGGAGUUCAUGAGCUCUUCCUCUUCAGUUUCUAUCCGUACAUUACGAGAUUUCUCAAUCCCCAUCAGAGGCAGGUGACGCGGAUUCUGCAAUUUGCUGCCCAGGCAGCUCAUGAAUUGGUUCCGGGAGAUGUUUUUGAGCCGGUUCUCAGGACAAUUGUCAAUAAUUUUGUGUCAGAGAGAAAUUCGAGUGAUGUGAUGGCAAUUGGGCUGAAUGCAAUCCGGGAGAUUUGUGCCAGAUGCCCUCUGGCCAUGAAUGAGGACAUGCUGAGUGAUCUGGUGAUGUACAAAGGGUACAAACAGAAAUCGGUCAUGAUGGCUGCAAGAUCUCUCAUUAUGCUCUACCGGGAGCAGAUUCCAGCGCUCUUGCACAAGAAGGACCGAGGAAGGCCUACAGAAGCCAGUUUGGAAGUGAAAGCGAAGGAAUAUGGAGAAAUUGUGGCCAUGGACACGAUUCCGGGAGCUGAUGUUCUCGUCAAAGGCACCAAGAGACCGAUAAAUGAAGAAGAAGAAGACAGCGACUCUGAAUGGGAAGAUGAGGAGGAUUCUGAUGAAGAUGGAUGGGUAAAUGUCAAUCAAGAUGACGAAACUAUCGAAGAGGACUCAGAAGACUCAGAUUCAGAAGUUCCCGAAGACCAAGAACCCGAACACCAGGAAAAAAUCGACCCUAAAGAAGCCGCCAAGGAGCUUCUUCUAAAUAAAAUCCUCACAGAUGAAGAUUUCCGGGCAAUUGACGUUCACAAUGUCAAAAAGCACGUGACAAGUGCCCGAAAGAAAAACCAAGAAGGCCAGGAGAAAUCAGAAUUUGUCAAUCUCGAUGCAAUCGAGAUGAUUUACAAGAAGAAAAGGAGCGAUAGGCAGUCCAGGCUGGAAUCCGUCCAAGCCGGAAGGGUCGACAGAGUCAAGUACGGAUACAGAGACAACAGGAAGAAUGAACAUUGCUCAAGGACGAACAGGGAGAAGAAGAAGAACAAGAACUUCCUAAUGAUGCGUCACAAAGCGAGAUCCAAAGUAAAAAAAAGCUUCAGGGAUAAACAGAUCGCCCUGAGGAAUCACCUGACGAAGCAGAAGAAGAUGAAGUAAGAGAGGUCCUGCAGAGUCCGGAGAAUAAAGACAAUCAAUUACCCUUAGGUA